AUGGCGACCACCAGCAAACAGUACAAAGCCAUCGGCGAGGACCUCUGGAAGGGGCGCACAGAAAAGAUCAAUGCAGAGCUUUUCGCCAUGACAUACGGCGCUCUCGUUGUUCAGCUGAUCCAAGACUAUGAGGACUACGGCGAGGUCAACAAGCAGCUUGAAAAGAUGGGAUACAAUAUUGGCACGAGGUUGAUCGAGGACUUCUUGGCGAGGAGCAAUAUUGGACGAUGCGCAGAUUUCAGGGAGACUGGAGAAGUUGUCGCGAAGGUAGGGUUCAAAUCGUUCCUGAACAUUACCCCGACCGUGACACAUUCCGCACCACCACCACCACCGACAUCCCCCAACCGGUCCAGCGUGCCGUCAGCACAAUCAACAGCUUCGAAUCCAUCAUUCACUUUGACGUUCGACGAGAAUCCUCUAGCAGAGUUCGUGGAGCUGCCGGAGGAGGCUCUGGAAGGAGGCCUAUGGUUCAGCAAUGUUCUAUGCGGAGUGCUGAGAGGGUCUUUAGAGAUGAUCCAGAUGCAGGUGCAGGCAGAGUUUGUAUCAGACGUGCUGAAAGGAGAUGAAAGCACAGAAAUUCGUGUGAGACUCGUGAAAUAUCUGGAGGAGGAGGUCCCUGUCGGCGAAGAUUAG